GUAAUAUGGUUGAAUGGUGUUUGCCACAAGACAUUGAUCUGGAAGGUGUUGAGUUCAAAUCUAUGGCCAGCGGAUCCCAUAAAAUCCAGUCCGAUUUCAUUUACUUCCGGAAAGGCCUUUGCUUUGGUUUGGCUUGUUUUGCCAAUAUGCCUGUGGAGAGCGAAUUGGAACGUGGUGCACGGAUGAAAUCUGUGGGCAUUCUUUCUCCUUCCUACACUCUGUUGUAUAGAUAUAUGCACUUCUUGGAGAACCAGGUCAGGCACCAGUUGGAAAUGCCAGGGCAUUACUCUCACUUGGAAGCCUUUUAUGAUGACAAGAAAGGAGUUUUCCCAGCAGGCACUCUUGUUUCACAGCAACCCAUCCACUGGCUGCCUUCCAUCCACAACUAUAUGUAUCCAGAGAUGAAGAUCACACACCCUGCAGGCUGUAUGUCUCAGUUCAUCAAGUUCUUUGGCGAGCAGAUCUUGACACUCUGGAAGUUCGCCUUGCUUCGCAAACGCAUUUUGAUAUUUUCUCCACCUCCUGUCGGUGUGGUCUGCUACAGAGUUUAUUGCUGCUGCUGCCUUGCCAAUGUCUCUUUGCCUGGUAUUGGUGGGACCGUCCCUGAGUCUAAGCCGUUUUUCUACGUCAAUGUAGCCGACAUUGAAAUGUUGGAGACUGAAGUAUCAUAUGUGGCCUGCACAACAGAGAAAAUUUUUGAAGAGAAGCAGGAUCUCUAUGAUGUCUACGUGGAUAACCAGAAUGUAAAGACACACCACGAGCAUCUGCAACCACUCCUGAAGAUUAACAGCGCAGAUAAGGAGAAGUACCAGAGACUUAAUGAUCAGAGACAGAUGCUGAUGUACUCCCAGGAAGUAGAUGGUGACUGCAGUUCUUGUGAAGAGGACCUCUUCAUCUUGUUCUUCAUGGAGCAGAACAACCGGAUAUUUCAGACAUUGAUGGAGGUAUCAGCCAGCCAGGACAAGACAUUAACAGCUGACCAUGCCCGUGGAAUGGGCUUGGACCCUCAAGGAAGCCAAGUUAAGAUCAUGGAAAAGCAGAAAACCUUUGAAGUUAUAGCAAAAGAAAGUGGGAUCUUUAAAAAAAACCAGAGGAAACGUUUGCAAUGCAGCGACUUUUCCUAACCUGAUUCCUCCCUGCUGAACGGAGAUUUGGGCUGAAGUCUGAGGGAUCCAAGCGCGAAUGGCUGAUUAAAUUAAAAAAAAAAAAAUCAGAGGUACAGGACCAUUGAUGGGAAAGAUCUGUUUUUCUUUGUAAUUCUUUUCCCUUCAUUUUCUUACAGCCUAACUAGCCACAGUAGUGGGAUAUACAAUGGCAUUCUGGAUACAGCUGAGAGAUUUCUGCUGCAGCCAAAUGAUUGCCAAAUUAAGAAAUACAAUAAACAAUAUUUAUUGCCUAAUUUACUUUGCAUAAUUUAGCUUGCCUUUUCCUAGAAACAGAGGACAGCAAGCAUGAAGCGUGCAGAAGGCCUACCUGCCCCUGAGACCUCUUCCAAGCUUCUUGCUGCUUGACUUUUUAAAUAGCAUUGAAACUCUGCUCAUGAUGCCUAAUUCUGUAAUUUAGAGGGCUCAAAAUCACUUCUCAAUAUUAUAGGUCAGUGUUUCUCAACCUUGGCAACUUUAAGACGUGUGGACUUCAAC